AUGAACUACGACAAAUUAAUCUCGGAGAUUAACGGAUUUGGAAGAUUCCAAAUAGCAUUAAUUUUGAUUCAGUUUUUCUCUCGCAUCACGAUGCCGUGCCACUUUUUGCUCAAUAAUUUCAUGGCAGCGACUCCUGCUCACCACUGUGACAUCAAUCUGCUGGAAAACUACACAGAAUUUCUUAACCUGACCCUGGAUCAGAAAGAGGCUGCUGCUAUUCCCACUGAGCUCGAUGGAAGCCGGAGCUCAUGCAGGAUGUUUUCCAAGCCUCAGUUUCACAUCUCCCACAACAGCAGCAGCAACGCUCCGACCGCUGCGUGUCAGAAUGGCUGGGUAUACGACAACAGCACCUUUGAAUCAACUUUGGUCACAGAGUGGGACCUUGUGUGUGACAAGAAAGCCAUGAACAAGGCAACCGCCACCCUUUUCUUCAUUGGCGUCAUGUGUGGAGCCCCUUUAUUUGGGUUUUUAAGCGACAGGUUUGGCCGGCGACCGCUGCUGUUGGUGUCCUAUUUGUCCUCCAUGACGUUUGCCGUCCUCAGCGCCUUCUCCUCCUCCUACGUCAUGUUCGUGAUCAUGAGGUUUUUCACCGGCAUGUGCUUGGCAGGAAUCAGCAUCAUCUCAAUCGUUUUAAAUGUCGAGUGGUGCAGCAUAGAACGGAGAACAUUUUCAGCCAUAAUCUGCAGUCUGGACUGGACCAUUGGAAACUGGAUCCUUGUUGCAAUUGCAUACUGCGUGAAUGAGUGGCGCCCCCUCAUUUUGGCAGUGACCUCACCUUUAAUAUUGUCUGUCAUUGCGUGGAGGUGGCUCCCAGAGUCUGCUCGGUGGCUUGUGGCCAACGGGAGAGUGGAUGAAGCCCAUCAUUACAUCAUGCAAUGUGCUAAAAUGAACGACAGGUUAAAGAACGUGGCUUCCAUCACUCCCAUGAUGCUGGUGGAGUCUGUUGAAGUUCAAAGAGGCGACAGGACGUACACCACCGUGGACCUGUUUAGAACCACAAACAUAAGAAGGCUUGCCAUUUGCUCUGGCAUUGUUUGGUUUGGCGUGGCAUUCACCUAUUACGGGAUCAGUCUGAAUAUCAGCGGUUUUGGCCUGAAUAUCUACCUCACUCAGUUUUUAUUUGCAUCUAUUGAAAUGCCAAUGAAGGUCGGCAUUUAUUUCCUCCUAGAGAAAGUCGGUCGCAGGUCCAGUGAGGCGGGGGCCCUGUUGUUGACCGGCCUGUGUCUCCUGAUCAACAUGUUUGUCACAAAAGACUACGGGGCCAUUCGUACGUCGGUGGCGGUCAUCGGAAAAGCAUUGUCGGAAGCAUCAUUCACCAUCAUUUUCCUGUACACGACUGAACUCUAUCCAACAGUCGUGCGUCAGAAUGGCGUCGGCUACACGUCUUUCAUUGCGCGUCUCGGCGUCUCCGUGUCUCCACUUGUCAUGCUUUUGGAAGAUGUUUGGCACCUCCUCCCGUCGUUGAUUUACUGCGCAGGUGCAGUGGGCUCUGGUUUGGUCACUUUGCUCCUCAGAGAAACUCAUAACACCCCAUUGCCACAAUUCAUCGAGGACAUAGAGAAACCGAGGUCUGACUCGGGGAGUCCAAGAAGAAACACCCAGGAACCUCAAGUCCUUUGAUCAGAAUACUUCUGUUUCAAUAAAGGAUUUCAU